AUGGGAAAGGAAUCUGUGGAUAGCUUCCAAGAUGCCAUGUCCUUUAUUCCUCCGAGUAUAGACACUGCGCGUCUACUCGCGGGGGAAUCUUACGCCUACUACACGCCCUGCCCGUCCGCAAUUACUCCCCACGACAAGUCCCUCACAGCGCAACAGACGGCAGAGCCUACACCGUGUGUCCUCGGCGUCGACGAGGCUGGCCGUGGCCCCGUACUGGGCCCCAUGGUCUACGGCGCGUUUUAUCUGCCCCUCGAUCUCCACCACUCCCUGCUGGCGCAAGAGCACAGCUUCGACGACAGCAAAGUCCUCACGCCCGCCGUGCGCGCCAACUUGAUGCGCCUGCUCAAUACCUCUGGCGAAAAUCUAUACGAGUCUUGCGGUUAUGCCAUCAAGCUCCUUUCCGCCCGUGAUAUCUCCUCCGGCAUGAUGAAGCCUGGCACCGCCGUCUACAACCUCAAUGCACAAGCGAUGGACGCGACGAUCGAGAUUAUUCGUGGCGUGCUGGAAGACCGCGCUGUGAACGUACAGGAGAUCUAUAUCGACACGAUCGGCAACCCGGCUACCUACCAGGCGAAGCUCGAGCGGAUCUUUCCUUCGAUUAAGAUCACAGUGGCCAAGAAGGCGGACUCGUUAUAUCCGUGUGUGAGUGCUGCUAGUGUUGCCGCCAAGGUGACGCGUGAUGUCGCGUUGGAGGUCCUGUAUGAGGCUGUUCUUCGGGCUCAACAGAACGAUGAUGGCAGCACGGCCCCCGAGGGUUGGGGAAGUGGCUAUCCUUCAGAUUCCAAGUGCGUCGGCUGGCUCCGACGGAAUAUGGAACCUAUUUUUGGCUGGGGGCACGAAUGUCGCUUCAGCUGGGGCACUGCAAAGGAGAUGCUUGAACUGAAGGGCGGAGCCCGAGUCGACUGGCCGGCGGACGACGACGAAGCGAGCGGCAUGCUCAGUGAUUUUCUCCUGGCAUCAGGACCCGGGAAAGGCUCCAGCAAGGACGGUUUGCGGGAUUGGUUUGGACAAAGACAAGCAGAGAUUAUAUGA